AUGGUUUUCAGGGAACUCUUAACCAGUUUCAGGACCUCAGAGCCUCAAGGCUGCUUUUCACUGCAGCAGUGUUGCAGCUCUAUCUCAGGAUGCACUGCACCUUUGCCUGGCUUACAGUACAUUCUCUUGCUGCAGGUUAUCUUUUUUAACCCUGUCAUUGAGCGCAUACCCAAGCUCCAGCGACAGAAGAAGAUCUUUUCCAAGCAGCAAGGGAAAGCUUUCUUGCGUGCUCGUCAGAUGAAUAUUGAUAUUGCCACAUGGGUACGUCUCCUGCGACGCAUCAUUCCCACUGCCAGUACUACAGGCACUUAUAGCCCCUCAACGCAGAUGACUCCAACAUCUGGCUCAGAAAGUAGGCAUACCUCUGGGGACAUUGCCAUCGAGAAGCUGAAUUUGGACGGGGAUAGAAUUCAAAUUGGGCAUUUGGGCCAGGAUGAUGCUGAGCUUCCUGGGAAGGUCUUACUGACUUCACAAGCUGGGGAGGAGGUCUUUCAGAUGGAGUUAGGUUCAGGAGGUGAGACUAGAGGAUCUGGAAGUACUUUUCACAGCAGCCAUUUGAGAAAAACACCUCUCACUAUGGAUGAUUUCCUGUUUGUAGCUGUGCUAGGUCGUGGGCACUUUGGCAAAGUGUUGUUAUCUGAGUUACACCGAACAAAAGAACUGUUUGCUAUUAAGGCCUUAAAGAAAGGGGAUAUUGUUGCAAGAGAUGAAGUAGAGAGCCUGAUGUGUGAGAAGCGGAUUUUUGAGAUUGUGACCCAAGCACGGCAUCCUUUCCUAGUGAACCUUUUCGCCUGUUUCCAGACACCCCAGCAUGUCUGUUUCGUCAUGGAGUACACAGCAGGUGGUGACCUCAUGAUGCACAUACACACCGAUGUUUUCUCAGAGCCACGUGCAACGUUUUAUGCUGCUUGUGUUGUCCUGGGGCUGCAGUUUCUUCAUGACCACAAGAUAGUAUAUAGGGAUCUGAAGCUGGACAACUUACUAUUGGACACAGAAGGCUUUGUGAAAAUUGCAGAUUUUGGCCUCUGCAAAGAAGGAAUGGGCUAUGCUGACCGUACCAGCACAUUCUGUGGGACACCAGAGUUUCUGGCUCCUGAGGUGCUUACAGAUACCUCCUACACAAGAGCAGUCGACUGGUGGGGCUUGGGGGUCCUUAUUUAUGAGAUGCUUGUAGGCGAGUCCCCAUUCCCAGGAGAUGAUGAAGAAGAAGUAUUUGACAGCAUUGUCAAUGAUGAAGUGCGCUACCCUCGUUUUCUUUCCACAGAGGCAAUUGGAAUCAUGCGCCGGCUACUGCGUCGGAAUCCAGAAAGGCGCUUGGGGUCUAGUGAGCGCGAUGCAGAGGAUGUGAAGAAGCACCCAUUUUUCAGAAGCAUUGACUGGGAAGCUUUGCUGGCUCGUAAGAUCAAACCACCUUUUGUGCCAGUAAUUAAGGGCCGUGAAGACAUCAGCAACUUUGAUGAGGAGUUUACUGCUGAAGCAGCUGUGCUGACACCACCCCGUGAAUCACGGCCCCUCACCCAAAAGGAACAGGAUGCUUUCAAAGAUUUUGACUAUGUCUCCAGUGUCUGCUAGCUCCGGAAGUGAGGGCAAGGAGAUUUCCUCAACACUGCCAGCUCAGUGAGGCAGAAUUCUGUUCCUCCAUUGACUCAAAGACACUUCCUAAUACUGCCUGCUAGCCCCAGAAGUGAAAUCCAGAAAAACCCAAUCACAUUGCUAACAUAAUGUGGAACCAGUAGUGUUCACCAAUGUAUGCCUGCUCUGGGAUUAGAAGGGCAAAUUCCAGUAAUAUUUCUGCAUUGCGCAGAACGCAGUAUAAUUCAUGCAGAAAGUUGGGUACUUGCUGGCUCAAAGGGAGGGGAGGAAAGAGAAGGAAAGGGAGAAAGAAAAAUUGACAGCCAACAUAACUAUGUCAACCUGCAUCUUCAUGAAACUGUUAUUUGUCUACAAUGAUUCCCAAACUUUCUACUGGAACAAGCAAAACUAUUAGGAAUCCACCAGUACUGGAGAUGCUGAAGUCAAAGGGCCAUUCUCUGCCCUAACAUACUAUUGUGAAGGAUUUUUUAAAACCAUAUUGUGAAAAAAGGGGGGUUGCCUUUCUGAUACUAUUGCUGAAAUUUACUGCUUCAAAUUCUAACCCAGAAGGAAAAAGUGAAUCUCAUUCUGCAUCACAGCUUUCUGUCAGUAUUCAGUUAACGGUGCACAAACUCUCUUGGGUCGAUUUUGAACCAAUUCUGUAAUUCUGGGCUUUCUUGAUAACCAUUUACAAAAAGCUCUUGGUUUUUUUCCCCUCAAGAAUUAACUCCAGGUUCAUACGAUAGACAUAUAUACCGCUAGUGUAUGUGUGUAAAUUAUUAUCUUACCCUUUCUUGGAAUUCACAGGCUUGGUGCCCAUCCCAUGGUGGUAGCUGGGGUAGAAAACUUCUUGAAGUUCUAACUCUCAUACUCUGAACAAAUUUGUUUGGGUAUUGAUGAACAUCUAGGCCUAGUUGGGAAAUAAUUGCAUUAAAAUAAUUGCAAGAAACAAUCAAGAAAAUAGUGGCAACAAGUGAAAAAUUCUUGCUCGUGUGAUUCUUGUCACCAAAUUAUAGUAAUUUAAUGAGAAUUAUAUCACACUUGAACAGUGUAAGAACCUACAUACCUACACCUGCACAGCUAGUUUUCAGUUAAAUGGCCAACAAACCAUACAUGCAGAGGCUCAUUUAAUAUUUUAAACUGGAGAAGGAUUUCUCAGGACAAAAUACUUGAUUAAGUGAGGGGAUAUACUUGAUUAUACAGCAAAAUCAUUGUGGAUUUCAGAGCAACAUGAACUCAAAUCCAUCAUUUGGAAAUGAUGACAAAAUUGUUUGGUUUCCAUUUUAUAUCCCAGUUUUCUUGGAGAUCUGUAUACCAUUACGCCAAGAGAGUAUAUCAGAUCUCAGGAGAAAAAGUGGUUUGGACACUUUCGGACAGAUAACUUAGACCUUUACAAUAAAAAAAAAUAGCUAUUGUAGUUUAUUUUUCUGUAAUAGAUCUUCUGUAGUUAGAGAGAAAAAAGGGAGCUGAAGAGAGAGAAAACAGAGAAAAGUUAUAAAUGGACAGCAAGUACAUCAGAGCAAGAAAUGAAAUACAUAAGGCAGGAAUAGGUUUGUAUAACUCUGUAGACUAAAAUGUAGCUGGUUAAUUUAUGGUUCAGUGUGUUGUGCAAACUCGGUGAGAUUGGCUUAUGAUUUAAUAGAAGUCAGCCAUUGCCCAGACACAUCUUGCUAAUUUGUUAGUUUUAUCAACAAUUUUGCCUCUAGUAUUUGUAACUUUCACUAGUGACAAUAUACUUGUGCUUGUCCCAUUUUGCCAGUAAGAAGAUAUACUGUGCAGGGCUAGAUAGAGUUUUGAGUUAUUGCUCUGGCAAUUAAAUAUUCAUGAAGAAAGAGGCAAUCAGAAAGGAGAAGAUCUUUGCGUUGUGUCUAAUGAAAGCACAAUUCUUUUCAAAAUGCAACAUCUAUUACAAUUGUCCACAUUAAAAUAACUUCAUUAGGUUCGUUCUGCAUCAGGAUCACCUGUACUACAGAAUGAUUAGUUGCCUUUCUUCAGCCCUCAUUGGGAAGUAUUCUACUUUUUAUUAAUAUGACUUACUUCCUUACAGAUCAUCUGAAAUUUUUGAAUGCAGUUAUAGAGGAGCAUAAACAAAAAUCGCAAUAGCUCAAAUGCAAUACAUUAUCUUUUUUUAAAAAAAUAGUAUACUGUGCCUAGUAUUAUGAGUUAUGCCUGGAGUAAAAACAUUUUUAGAGGUCCCUGCCAUCACUUUGUGUAGAAAGAUUGCCAAAGUACAUCUCUUUAAAAUACAUUUGGUCAGGAGAUCAGAACAAACCUGCCAUUUUUAAGAAAGGAAAGUCUGAUUUGUUACAUAAAAUGAGACAGAACUUUUAUAUCUUUCUUUUUUUCUCUCUCAAAGAAGACUUUUCAAGUCUCAUGUAGUCUUGUACCGGAAGUGAAUUAUUGGAGCAGGCAAUAAUUUUUAUUUAAAGAAAGCAACAAAUAUUCCUUCUAGGCUGCUGUUUCAGAAGAGUAGAAGCAUGUUACUGUGUUGUGCAUGGUAAGGAAAAGGAAUAGUCACUCUAUUGGGAAGGAUUAAGAAUGACGCUUAGAGAGGAAUUCAAGCAUACAUGUGGGUUAUCAUUUAUCACAUGAGGUUUUAAUUUUUGUUUGCUCCUUCUGUACCUCUGUGUUACAUUACCAGAAGUGGACUGCACACAUCUGGACAACCACUAGAUAGCAGCAAAAGAUGCAGAAAACUUGAUUCUAGCAGUCAUCUGGAUUUUUUGUGGCUCAAAUAUGGCAAACCACAUGUAUGCUUGCUUUUUUUUUUAAUCAGCAGAAAAGAUGGAUGCAUUCAUUAUUUUUAAUUGCAGCACAGCCUGCUCUAAAAUCAGAACUUCAGGUUUCAGUCCUCCAUUAUGGAGAUAGUCCUGGUGCAAUCUAGAUCACAGAAAUUGCAGAGAAAUUGCAACAUGAAUUCUGAAGAAUAGCCUUUAUUAGCAGAAAGGGUUUUAACUUCCUGUGUGCCUCCUCUUCUGCCUUUUAGAUCUUUUCCAAGACAUGUCCAAUCUUAGUAGCUAUGUGAAUUUGUGCUAAGAGACACUAUCAUGCUAAAACUGUCUCGUUCAUUGAGUUUCCUUUAUUAUUGUUACUACCUCUGUUGCCUGACCAGGACCACACUGUGUUAUAAAGCCUGAGUUUUAAACUGUAUACAUUUCACUACAAAUGUAUUGAGUUUAUCAAAAUA